UCAAACGGCUUAGAGCAGACCCUCGGUUCUGACCCAGCGGAGGAAUUACUCUUAAUUCUAAGAAGAAACUGGAAGCACAAUGGGAGAUGACAGUGAGUGGGUGAAACUGCCAGUUGAUCAGAAAUGUGAACACAAGCUGUGGAAAGCAAGGUUAAGUGGGUAUGAAGAGGCCCUGAAGAUCUUCCAGAAAAUAAAGGAUGAAAAGAGCCCAGAAUGGUCCAAAUUUUUAGGAUUGAUCAAAAAAUUUGUGACUGAUUCCAAUGCAGUGGUUCAGUUGAAAGGAUUAGAAGCUGCACUUGUUUAUGUUGAAAAUGCCCAUGUAGCAGGAAAAACCACAGCGGAAGUUGUAUCAGGUGUUGUGAGUAAAGUGUUCAACCAACCCAAGGCCAAAGCCAAGGAGCUAGGCAUUGAGAUUUGUCUAAUGUACAUAGAGAUUGAGAAAGGAGAAGCUGUGCAAGAAGAGCUCCUGAAAGGCCUGGACAAUAAGAACCCCAAGAUCAUAGUGGCCUGUAUAGAGACACUGAGGAAAGCCUUAAGUGAAUUUGGUUCCAAAAUCAUCUUACUGAAGCCAAUUAUCAAAGUGUUGCCAAAACUCUUUGAGUCUCGAGAGAAGGCUGUUCGAGAUGAAGCCAAACUAAUUGCUGUGGAGAUUUAUAGAUGGAUUCGAGAUGCUCUGAGACCCCCAUUACAAAGUAUAAACUCUGUCCAGUUGAAAGAACUAGAAGAAGAAUGGGUCAAACUGCCAACAGGUGCUCCUAAACCAAGUAGGUUUUUGCGUUCCCAGCAAGAACUAGAAGCUAAAUUGGAACAGCAGCAGUCUGCUGGUGGAGAUGCUGAGGGAGGUGGUGACGAUGGUGAUGAGGUACCACAGAUAGAUGCUUAUGAGCUUUUGGAAGCAGUAGAAAUUCUUUCCAAACUUCCCAAAGACUUUUAUGACAAAAUUGAGGCAAAAAAAUGGCAAGAAAGAAAAGAAGCCCUGGAAGCUGUAGAAGUACUAGUGAAAAACCCCAAACUGGAAGCAGGCGAUUAUGCAGAUUUAGUAAAAGCUUUGAAGAAGGUUGUUGGAAAGGACACCAAUGUCAUGUUGGUGGCUCUGGCAGCAAAAUGUCUUACUGGCCUGGCUGUUGGGCUAAGGAAGAAAUUCGGACAAUAUGCAGGACACGUUGUACCAACCAUUUUGGAGAAAUUCAAAGAGAAGAAGCCUCAAGUGGUACAAGCCCUGCAGGAGGCAAUUGAUGCAAUCUUUCUUACUACCACACUACAGAACAUCAGUGAGGAUGUUUUAGCAGUAAUGGAUAAUAAAAAUCCAACCAUCAAGCAGCAGACAUCUCUUUUUAUUGCAAGAAGCUUCCGCCACUGCACUGCUUCUACCCUGCCAAAGAGCUUACUAAAGCCCUUUUGUGCUGCUCUACUUAAGCACAUCAAUGAUUCUGCUCCUGAAGUCAGAGAUGCUGCAUUUGAAGCAUUGGGUACUGCUUUGAAGGUGGUUGGUGAGAAAGCAGUAAACCCAUUCUUAGCUGAUGUCGACAAACUCAAGCUUGAUAAGAUCAAAGAAUGUUCAGAAAAAGUAGAGCUCGUACAUGGUAAGAAAGCUGGACUUGCAGCUGACAAGAAGGAGUUCAAGCCUGUGCCGGGAAGAGCUGCUGCUUCGGGGGCUACAGGAGAUAAGGACACAAAGGACAUUUCAGCACCCAAACCAGGACCCUUAAAAAAGGCACCUGCUACUAAGCCUGGCGGGCCACCGAAGAAGGGGAAACCAGCUGCACUAGGAGGCGCAGGGAGCACUGGAACCAAGAACAAGAAAGGGUUGGAGACUAAAGAAAUAGUGGAGCCUGAGCUCUCGAUAGAAGUAUGUGAAGAAAAAGCUUCAGCUGUCCUUCCUGCUACCUGUAUACAGCUUCUAGACAGCAGUAACUGGAAGGAAAGGCUGGCCUGUAUGGAAGAGUUCCAAAAGGCUGUUGAACUAAUGGACCGAACUGAAAUGCCAUGCCAGGCAUUAGUGAGGAUGCUGGCCAAGAAACCUGGAUGGAAAGAAACUAAUUUUCAGGUGAUGCAAAUGAAGCUUCACAUAGUUGCUUUGAUUGCCCAGAAGGGAAAUUUUUCCAAAACUUCAGCUCAGAUCGUCUUAGAUGGCCUUGUAGACAAGAUUGGAGAUGUGAAAUGUGGGAACAAUGCAAAAGAAGCUAUGACAGCAAUAGCAGAAGCUUGUAUGUUGCCAUGGACAGCUGAACAGGUUAUGUCAAUGGCUUUCUUACAGAAGAAUCCCAAGAAUCAGUCAGAAACUCUGAAUUGGCUAUCAAAUGCAAUAAAAGAAUUUGGUUUUUCUGGAUUGAACGUGAAAGCUUUCAUUAGCAAUGUGAAGACAGCUCUUGCUGCAACAAACCCAGCUGUGAGGACUUCUGCCAUCACCUUGCUUGGCGUGAUGUAUCUGUACGUUGGUCCCUCUUUGCGAAUGUUCUUUGAGGAUGAGAAGCCUGCCCUCCUAUCCCAGAUAGAUGCAGAAUUUGAGAAGAUGCAGGGACAGAACCCACCUGCUCCAACCAGAGGGAUUUCCAAACACAGUACAAGUGGUACAGAUGAAGGAGAAGAUGGAGACGAACCAGAUGAUGGGGGCAAUGAUGUUGUGGAUCUUUUGCCAAGGACAGAAAUCAGUGAUAAAAUAACUUCAGAGUUGGUGUCUAAGAUUGGUGACAAGAAUUGGAAGAUCAGGAAAGAAGGCCUAGAUGAAGUGGCAGGUAUUAUCAAUGAAGCAAAAUUUAUCCAGCCAAACAUAGGUGAACUUCCAACUGCCUUGAAGGGUCGACUCAACGAUUCAAAUAAAAUCUUGGUGCAGCAGACGUUGAAUAUCCUCCAGCAGUUGGCAGUAGCCAUGGGCCCAAACAUCAAGCAACAUGUGAAGAACUUAGGCAUCUCUAUCAUCACAGUGCUUGGAGACAGCAAGAACAAUGUUCGAGCUGCGGCCCUAGCAACAGUGAAUGCUUGGGCAGAACAGACUGGCAUGAAGGAAUGGCUGGAGGGGGAAGAUCUUUCUGAAGAGCUCAAAAAGGAAAAUCCUUUCUUGAGGCAAGAGCUUCUGGGCUGGCUGGCUGAGAAACUACCGACUCUCCGUUCCACCCCCACAGACCUUAUCCUUUGUGUUCCCCACCUCUACUCCUGCCUAGAGGAUCGCAAUGGAGAUGUGCGAAAGAAGGCCCAAGAUGCCUUGCCAUUCUUCAUGAUGCAUUUAGGAUAUGAGAAAAUGGCCAAGGCUACUGGGAAACUAAAACCAACUUCUAAAGAUCAGGUGUUGGCCAUGUUAGAGAAAGCCAAAGCUAACAUGCCAGCCAAGCCCACUGCACCUGCUAAAGCAACUUCCAAAUCCGUGGGAGGAUCAGCUCCAGCCAAAUUCCAGCCUGCCUCAGCACCUGUUGAAGAUUCUGUUUCUGGCACUGUAGAACCCAAGCCUGAUCCAAAAAAGGCCAAAGCUCUAGGAGUUUCCUCUAAAGCAAAGACUGCACAAGGAAAGAAAGUACCAAGCAAAACCAGCUUAAAGGAAGAUGAAGACAAAUCUGGUCCUAUUUUUAUUGUUGUUCCAAAUGGAAAGGAGCAACGAAUGAAAGAUGAGAAAGGAUUAAAGGUGCUGAAGUGGAAUUUUACUACUCCGCGGGAUGAAUACAUUGAGCAACUAAAAACUCAGAUGUCUAGCUGUGUGGCUAAAUGGUUACAAGAUGAGAUGUUUCACUCAGACUUUCAGCAUCACAACAAAGCCCUUGCUGUCAUGGUUGAUCACUUGGAGAGUGAAAAAGAGGGUGUCAUUGGUUGCCUGGAUCUUAUCUUAAAGUGGCUUACCCUGCGGUUUUUUGACACCAAUACAAGCGUCCUAAUGAAAGCCCUAGAAUAUUUAAAAUUGCUCUUCACCCUGCUGAGUGAGGAGGAGUAUCAUCUUACUGAGAAUGAAGCAUCUUCCUUCAUCCCCUAUCUCAUCCUCAAGGUCGGAGAACCAAAGGAUGUCAUUCGUAAAGAUGUCCGUGCCAUCCUGAACCGGAUGUGCCUUGUCUACCCAGCCAGCAAGAUGUUCCCCUUCAUCAUGGAAGGAACCAAAUCCAAAAACUCUAAGCAGAGAGCAGAGUGCCUAGAAGAACUAGGGUGUCUGGUCGAGUCCUAUGGCAUGAAUGUUUGCCAACCAACCCCAGGAAAAGCCUUAAAGGAGAUAGCGAUUCACAUAGGAGACCGCGACAACGCUGUGCGCAAUGCUGCCCUCAACACCAUCGUUACAGUGUACAAUGUACACGGGGAUCAGGUGUUCAAACUGAUUGGAACUCUUUCUGAAAAGGAUAUGAGCAUGCUUGAGGAGAGGAUUAAGCGGUCAGCAAAGAGGCCUUCUGCUGCACCAGUAAAACAGGUGGAAGAGAAACCUCAGCGCACACAGAGCAUAAGCUCCAAUACCAACAUGCUACGCAAGGGACCAGCUGAGGACAUGUCCUCCAGACUCAACCAAGCCCGAAGCAUGAGUGGGCAUCCUGAGGCAGCCCAGAUGGUUCGCCGAGAAUUCCAGCUGGAUCUAGAUGAGAUUGAGAAUGACAAUGGUACAGUCCGAUGUGAAAUGCCAGAACUUGUUCAGCACAAACUGGAUGACAUUUUUGAACCAGUCCUUAUUCCUGAACCCAAGAUCCGGGCUGUUUCUCCGCACUUUGAUGAUAUGCACAGUAAUACAGCAUCCACAAUCAAUUUCAUUAUCUCCCAAGUAGCCAGUGGUGACAUCAACACAAGCAUCCAAGCUCUGACACAGAUCGAUGAGGUCCUGAGACAGGAAGACAAAGCAGAAGCUAUGUCUGGCCAUAUUGAUCAGUUUCUGAUAGCCACGUUCAUGCAGCUGAGACUCAUCUACAACACACAUAUGGCAGAUGAGAAACUGGAGAAGGAUGAAAUCAUCAAGUUGUAUAGCUGCAUCAUCGGCAACAUGAUUUCGCUGUUUCAGAUAGAAAGCCUUGCCCGAGAGGCCUCCACUGGAGUUCUGAAAGACCUGAUGCAUGGCCUCAUCACCUUAAUGCUGGAUUCUCGAAUUGAAGAUCUGGAGGAAGGGCAACAGGUGAUCCGCUCUGUGAACCUCUUGGUGGUGAAAGUUCUGGAGAAGUCAGACCAGACCAACAUCCUGAGCGCCCUACUUGUUUUGCUCCAAGACAGCCUGCUAGCAACAGCCAGUUCUCCCAAAUUCUCAGAGCUUGUUAUGAAGUGUCUCUGGAGAAUGGUUCGACUACUGCCUGAUACCAUCAACAGCAUUAAUCUGGACAGAAUUCUUCUGGAUAUACACAUUUUCAUGAAGGUCUUCCCCAAAGAGAAACUAAAGCAAUGCAAAAGUGAAUUUCCCAUAAGGACCUUAAAAACGCUGCUGCACACUUUAUGCAAAUUAAAAGGGCCCAAGAUCCUAGACCACCUAACAAUGAUUGACAACAAGAAUGAGUCAGAGUUGGAGGCCCACCUCUGCCGGAUGAUGAAGCACAGUAUGGACCAGACCGGGAGCAAGUCUGAUAAGGAAACAGAAAAGGGAGCAUCUCGAAUCGAUGAAAAAUCAUCAAAGGCCAAAGUGAAUGAUUUCUUAGCUGAGAUUUUUAAGAAGAUUGGCUCUAAAGAGAACACUAAAGAGGGCCUAGCAGAGUUAUAUGAAUAUAAGAAGAAAUAUUCAGAUGCUGACAUUGAACCAUUUCUGAAAAAUUCCUCACAGUUCUUCCAGAGCUAUGUUGAGAGAGGCCUUCGGGUGAUUGAGAUGGAGAGGGAGGGCAAAGGCCGUAUUCCCAUUUCAACAGGCAUCUCCCCCCAGAUGGAAGUCACAUGUGUGCCCACUCCCACAAGCACAGUGUCCUCCAUAGGUAACACAAAUGGAGAAGAGGUGGGACCAUCUGUCUACCUGGAAAGGCUAAAAAUCCUGCGACAGCGAUGUGGUCUGGACAAUACAAAGCAAGAUGACCGACCUCCGUUGACCUCUUUGCUUUCCAAACCAGCAGUUCCUACCGUUGCCUCUUCCACAGACAUGCUGCACAGCAAACUCUCGCAGCUCCGGGAGUCACGGGAGCAGCACCAGCAUUCAGAUCUGGAUUCCAACCAGACUCACUCUUCAGGAACCAUGACUACAUCCUCCUCCUCCACAGCUAACAUUGAUGACUUGAAAAAAAGACUGGAGAGAAUAAAGAGCAGUCGCAAAUGAAGCCGCCCCACUCCCCUGGCACCCUGCAGCUUUAGUUUACUAAACUAGGAGUCCUCAUAGUUAAAGUGGCCUUGGCAGGCCUAGUGUACACAAACUGGUUGUAUGUAUCAUACCGUGGACCUGGGGGAGGAGUCGUUGUGGCACAAGUCUUUGCACAUCCUCCGCUUCUCUCCGCCAGCAUCCUGCUUCUCUAGAAGACUGUCUGUGUCUUAGUUUAGUGUACAGACCUGUAAACAGCUGCCCUUCUCUCAGCUCAGACUAAUUUCCAUAUCCUUUUUCUUUUAUUUUUAAUUGCUCAUUUGUAAAAUUGUCCUAAUCUUUCCUAGCUUUUAACUAUUAGAAACGCUUUACUAGUUUUCCUUUGAGUUUGUGAGCUCUUCUCCUUGUAGCCCUGAAGGGUCACUGUAUUCUAUAUGAAUGCAUGGCAUGAUACAACUAAUUUAAGAGUCUUUUAUAAAUAAAGUUUGCAUUAACUAUAACUGUGUCCCAAGAUGCUCCGUAUCUGGGAGUGUUGGGCAGCUCUCCAUCACCUGUUCUUGGGACCAGCUGGGUAUUCAGCCAGUUAGAGAAAGGUUCAUAAUUGCUGCUUAAGGAGCUCUACCUUUUCUUGGCUCACAGACUUGGUCCUUUCACUCCUUUGGAAUAAGAGGCACUCACCUCUCCUGCUUUCUGCAUGCAACUCCUAGGGGAGGAGAGAAAUCUCAUUCUUCCCUGUUUCGAGAUUUUGGUCACGACUUCCAUCCCAUCAUCAAUCACCAUGGUUCCAAGGAGCUCUUAGGCUCCCUACUACUUUUACUGCCCAAGUACAUAUGACAUUGUACCCAGGGAUUAGCUGGGCUACAGUGGCUGUCACACCACAACUAGAUUUGGGGUCGUCUGACUAAAGGAGUACAGAGAGCAUAGGGGCUUCCUGCCUGGUUAGCAGAGUCUCUGAAUCUAGACUAACAGUUCCUUCACACUCAGUAAAGACUAGAAAUAAACAGGAUUCACAUCUGCAAUAACAUUCCACAAGACCUCCUUCCACAGUCAGAAAACAUUGUCCAAAGGAACUUUUCUACACCACUUUUUACUGAACUGGUGUUAGAAAUGAAAGGUUGAUGAAAAAUUA